AGCGGGAAGUACUUUAAUUUCCGGGUUACUGCAGCGUGUGUCAUUUCUGCAUGCUCCGUUAAAGACAGCAUCUGUGUCGCUGUUCUUGAUUUGGCCCGAAAAUGGUGAAGCUUUCUGCGGAGUUAAUUGAGCAGGCAGCUCAGUACACGAACCCGGUGAGGGACAGAGAGCUGGACCUGAGGGGUUAUAAAAUUCCAGUUCUGGAGAAUCUGGGAGCCACUCUGGACCAGUUCGACACGGUGGACUUCUCGGAUAACGAAAUCCGCAAACUGGACGGCUUCCCGCUCCUCAAGCGACUCAAGACCUUGCUGAUGAACAACAACAGGAUCUGUCGUAUCGGAGAGAACCUGGAGCAGAGUCUUCCAUCUCUGCGAGAACUCAUCCUGACCAACAACAAGAUCCAGGAACUGGGCGACUUGGAGCCGCUGGCGUCGGUGAAGACGUUGACUCUGCUCAGCCUGCUGAGGAAUCCUGUGACCAACAAGAAGCACUACAGGCUCUACGUGGUCCACAAAAUCCCGCAGCUUCGCGUGCUGGACUUCCAGAAGGUCAAACUCAAGGAGCGCCAGGAGGCGGAGAAAAUGUUCAAAGGCAAACGCGGCGCUCAGCUGGCGAAGGAUAUCGCCAAGCAGAGCAAAACGUUCACGCCCGGAAUGGCGGCGCAGCUGGAGAAGGCGAGGACGGGCCCGUCGCACGCUGACGUCGAAGCCAUCAAGAACGCCAUCGCCCAGGCGUCGUCACUGGCUGAGGUGGAGCGCUUGAAAGGAAUGCUGCAGGCCGGACACAUACCGGGACGGGAGCGCACACAAGAUGGUCCUGGCGUGGAAGAGGAGGAGGAAGACGAGGAAGGCCACGCAUCGCAGAUGGCCGAUCAGACGGAAGAGAGCGAGGACAUGGAACAAGGUCCUCACCUCAACGGAUCCUGAACACUUUUGUUUCUUCACUUUUAGUUUGACCAGAUUAAAUAAAUGAGUCAGAUUUUUCCUACAAA